UGCAAAGACUUCUGCUCUGUGAUACCGAUAGAAACCAAAUCAAUGAUUCAAUUCAAUUAAAAAAAUACUGAGCGAAUGAGACAGAACAGAAACGUAGAGUCAGAUAUUUAAGUGAUUUUUAUAGACGUAUUUUUUUAUUUUUAAUUGACUUUUGAAUGUUAAUAUCUUCAGAUUGAUUUACAUGUUUAACUUUUUGUAACUUUUAGCUUCUUUUAUUUUUAGUUACAGCAGAAAAGAUCUAUUUUUCUUCCUUUUUCUCUUCUUUCAUAGUUUUCUGUCUAUACCAGCCAACCUCUCCCGUGCCUCAUGGUUUUCCACGAGGCACGGGAGAGGUUGGCUGGUAUUGGCUGGCUUGCUUUUCGAAAAAAUUGACCCGACAUUGAGCUCUGAUGUCUUCUUCCUUCUUCUUUUAUUCUAAAUAAGCCAAAUAAUGAGACAUUUUCCCUUCAGCAGCAGAAUAUUGAUUAAAUAAUAACUUGUGGUUAAUGAUUCAGUUAAUAAUGUGUGUCGAAGGAAACUUAUUUGCUCUUAAUCUUCAUUUUACAACAUUUCCUUUUAUCUUUUUUUCUUUGUUUAAUCACAGAUUGAUAAUUAAACAUCAGCAUAAAAGAUGGGCGACUGGGGAUUCUUGUCAAGCCUGUUGGAUAAAGUCCAGUCUCACUCCACGGUCAUCGGGAAGAUCUGGAUGAGCGUCCUCUUCUUGUUCCGGAUCAUGGUCCUGGGUGCCGGUGCCGAGGCCGUCUGGGGCGACGAGCAGUCGGGUUUCCUCUGUAACACUCAACAACCCGGUUGUGAGAACGUCUGCUACGACUGGACCUUCCCCAUCUCCCACAUCCGCUUCUGGGUCCUCCAGAUCAUCUUCGUCUCCACGCCGACGCUGGUCUACCUGGCUCACGCCAUGCACAUCAUCAGCAAGGAGAACAAACUGAGGGAGAAGCUGGCGAGCCCCGGCGGGAGUCGGCUGGUCAAAAUGCCCAAAUACACCAACGAUAAGGGGAAGGUGAAGAUCAAGGGGAACCUGCUGGGGAGCUACCUGACCCAGCUCGUCUUCAAGAUCAUCAUCGAGGCGGCCUUCAUCGUGGGCCAGUACUACCUGUACGGCUUCGUCAUGGUGCCCAUGUUCCCCUGCUCCAAGUCUCCCUGUCCCUUCACCGUAGAGUGCUACAUGUCCCGACCCACCGAGAAGACCAUCUUCAUCAUCUUCAUGCUGGUGGUGGCGUGCGUCUCUCUGCUUCUCAACUUCAUCGAGAUGUUCUACCUGCUCUGCACCAGGAUCCGAUGCGGGUCGAGGUCUCGCAAUCAGAAGAUCACUUCGGCAGAAAACCCUGCGAGCCUGACGACGCUGCGGUGGCCCACAGCGGACGACGCUCUGAAGCAGAACAGAGCGAACAUGGAGCUGGAGGGAAGCCAGAGUAUCGGAGGAAGCCUGGACGGAGCCAAAGAGGAGAAACGGCUGCUGAGUGGUCACUAAAAAAACGUUUAUUAUAUAAUUUAUUAAAAGCUGCCUGAACACUUUAUGUCAGAAUAUCAAAGAAAAGAUGUCACUGUGUAGUAUGUAAUGUAUUCUUGAUAAGAAAAGUAUUUUUAAGGCCUCGUUGUUGUAAUUUUCACAUUUAUUUUGUAUGUUUAAAUGAAAAUGAAUCAUGGAAAGUGUGCAAUAUGUUUGUAUGUGUUUAUGCUUUAAUGUUCUCACUGUAAAUCUGUAACAAUUAGCUGUAAUUGAAUUUGUCCUUUUAAGUUAUUACUGACAUUUUUUUAUGCUGUUUUCAAUAAAUGAUUCAAGUUUGUAUAAAAA